AUGCUCCUGGACCAGGCACGCUCCUGGUCCAGGCAAGCUCCUGGACCAGGCAAGCUCCGGGACCAGGCAAGCUCCUGGACAAGGCAAGAUCCUGAACCAGGCACGCUCCUGGACCAGGCAACCAUGGACGUGGUUGUGGACGUGGACGACUUGGACGUGGACGUGGACGUGGACGUGGACGUGGACGUGGACGUGGACAUGGACGUGGACAUGGACGUGGACGUGGACGUGGACGUGGACGUGGACUUUGACGUGGACGUGGACGUGGACGUGGACGUGGACAUUGUCGUGGAGGUGGACGUGGACGUGGACAUGGACGUGGACAUGGACGUGGACGUGGACGUGGACGUGGACAUGGACGUGGACUUGGACGCGGACGUGGACGUGGACGUGGACGUUAACUUGGACGUGGACGUGGACGUGGACGUGGACGUGGACGUGGACGUGGACAUUGUCGUGGAGGUGGACGUGGACGUGGCCAUGGACGUGGACAUGGACGUGGACGUGGACGUGGACAUGGACGUGGACGUGGACGUGGACGUGGACGUGGACAUGGACGUGGACGUGGACGUGGAGGACUUGGACGUGGACAUGGACGUGGACGUGGACGUGGACGUGGACGUGGACAUGGAUGUGGACGUGGACGUGGACGUGGACAUGGACGUGGACGUGGACGUGGACGGGGACAUGGACGUGGACGUGGACGUGGACAUGGACGUGGACAUGGACGUGGACGUGGACGUGGACGUGGACAUGGACGUGGACUUGGACGCGGACGUGGACGUGGACGUGGACGUUAACUUGGACGUGGACGUGGACGUUGACGUGGACGUGGACGUGGACGUGGACAUUGUCGUGGAGGUGGACGUGGACGUGGACAUGGACGUGGACAUGGACGUGGACGUGGACGUGGACAUGGACGUGGACGUGGACGUGGACGUGGACGUGGACAUGGACGUGGACGUGGACGUGGAGGACUUGGACGUGGACAUGGACGUGGACGUGGACGUGGACGUGGACGUGGACAUGGACGUGGACGUGGACGUGGACGUGGACAUGGACGUGGACGUGGACGUGGACGGGGACAUGGACGUGGACGUGGACGUGGACGUGGACGUGGACGUGGACAUGGACGUGGACGUGGACGUGGACGUGGACGUGGAGGAGGUGGACGUGGACGUGGACGUGGACGACGUGGACGUGGACGUGGACGUAGACGUGGACGUGGACGUGGACCUGGACGUGGACGUGGACGUGGACGUGGACAUGGACGUGGACCUGGACGUGGACGUGGACGUGGACGUGGACAUGGACGUGGACGUGGACGUGGACGUGGACGUGGACGUGGACAUGGACGUGGACGUGGACGUGGACGUGGACGUGGACGUGGUCGUGGACGUGGACGUGGACAUGGACGUGGACGACGUGGACGUGGACGUGGACAUGGACGUGGACAUGGACGUGGACGUGGACGUGGACAUUGUCGUGGACGUGGACGUGGACGUGGACGUGGUCGUGGACGUGGACGUGGACGUGGACGUGGACAGGGACGUGGACGUGGACGUGGUCGUGGACGUGGACGUGGAAGUGGACGUGGACGUGGACGUGGACGUGGACGUGGACGUGGACGUGGACGUGGACGUGGACGUGGACGUGGACGUGGACGUGGACGUGGACGUGGACGUGGACAUGGACAUGGACAUGGACUGGGACGUGGACGAGGACGUGGACUGGGACGUGGACGAGGACGUGGACGGGGACGUGGACGUGGACGUGGACAUGGACGUGGACAUUGUCGUGGACUUGGACGUGGACGUGGACGUGGACAUGGACGUGGACUUGGACGUGGACAUGGACGUGGACGUGGACGUGGACAUGGACGUGGACGUGGACGUGGACGUGGACGUGGACGUGGACGUGGACGUGGACGUGGACGUGGACGUGGACGUGGACGUGGACGUGGACAUGGACGUGGACGUGGACGUGGACAUUGUCGUGGACAUGGACGUGGAUAUUGUCGUGGACUUGGACGUGGACGUGGACGUGGACAUGGACGUGAACCUGGACGUGGACGUGGACCUGGACGUGGACAUGGACGUGGACGUGGACGUGGACAUUGUCAUGGACGUGGACGUGGACGUGGACGUGGACGUGGUCGUGGACGUGGACGUGGACGUGGACGUGGACAGGGACGUGGACGUGGACGUGGUCGUGGACGUGGACGUGGAAGUGGACGUGGACGUGGACGUGGACGUGGACGUGGACGUGGACGUGGACGUGGACGUGGACAUGGACGUGGACGUGGACGUGGACGUGGACGUGGACGUGGACAUGGACGUGGACGUGGACGUGGACAUGGACAUGGACGUGGACAUGGACAUGGACUGGGACGUGGACGAGGACGUGGACGGGGACGUGGACGUGGACGUGGACAUGGACGUGGACAUUGUCGUGGACUUGGACGUGGACGUGGACGUGGACAUGGACGUCGACUUGGACGUGGACAUGGACGUGGACGUGGACGUGGACAUGGACGUGGAUGUGGACGUGGACGUGGACGUGGACGUGGACAUGGACGUGGACGUGGACGUGGACGUGGACAUGGACGUGGACGUGGACGUGGACAUUGUCGUGGACAUGGACGUGGAUAUUGUCGUGGACUUGGACGUGGACGUGGACGUGGACAUGGACGUGGACCUGGACGUGGACGUGGACCUGGACGUGGACGUGGACGUGGACAUGGACGUGGACGUGGACGUGGACGUGGUCGUGGACGUGGACGUGGACGUGGACGUGGACGUGGACGACGUGGACGUGGACGUGGACAUGGACGUGGACGUGGACAUGGACGUAGACGUGGACAUUGUCGUGGACGUGGACGUGGACGUGGACGUGGAAGUGGUCGUGGACGUGGACGUGGAUGUGGACAAGGACGUGGACGUGGACGUGGACGUGGACGUGGACAUUGACGUGGACGUGGACGUGGACGUGGACAGGGACGUGGACGUGGACAUGGACAUGGACGUGGACGUGGACGUGGACGUGGACAUGGACGUGGACAUGGACGUGGACGUGGACAUGGACGUGGACGUGGACCUGGACGUGGACGUGGACGUGGACGUGGACAUGGACAUGGACGUGGACAUUGUCGACGUGGACGUGGACGAAGACGUGGACGUGGACAUGGACGUGGACGUGGACGUGGACGUGGACGUGGACGUGGACGUAGACGUGGACAUGGACGUGGACGUGGACGUGGACGUGGACGUGGACAUGGACGUGGACAUGGACGUGGACGUGGACAUGGACAUGGACAUGGACGUGGACUUGGACGUGGACGUGGACCUGGACGUGGACGUGGACGUGGACGUGGACAUGGACAUGGACGUGGACAUUGUCGACGUGGACGUGGACGAAGACGUGGACGUGGACGUGGACAUGGACGUGGACGUGGAUGUGGACGUGGACGUGGACAUUGUCGUGGACGUCGAGGUGGACGUGGACAUGGACGUGGACGUGGACUUGGACGUGGACGUGGACCUGGACGUGGACGUGGACGUGGACGUGGACAUGGACAUGGACGUGGACAUUGUCGACGUGGACGUGGACGAAGACGUGGACGUGGACGUGGACAUGGACGUGGACGUGGACGUGGACGUGGACGUGGACGUGGACGUGGACAUGGACGUGGACGUGGACGUGGACGUGGACAUGGACGUGGACAUGGACGUGGAUGUGGACAUGGACAUGGACAUGGACGUGGACAUGGACCUGGACGUGGACGUGGACGUGGACGUGGACAUGGACAUGGACGUGGACAUUGUCGACGUGGACGUGGACGAAGACGUGGACGUGGACGUGGACAUGGACGUGGACGUAGAUGUGGACGUGGACGUGGACAUUGUCGUGGACGUCGAGGUGGACGUGGACAUGGACGUGGACGUGGACGUGGACGUGGACGUGGACAUGGACGUGGACGUGGACGUGGAGGACUUGGACGUGGACAUGGACGUGGACGUGGACGUGGACGUGGACGUGGACAUGGACAUGGACGUGGACGUGGACGUGGACGUGGACGUGGACGUGGAGGUGGACAUGGAGGUGGACGUGGACGUGGACGUGGACGUGGAGGUAGACGUGGAGGACGUGGACGUGGACGUGGACGUAGACGACGUGGACGUGGACGAAGACGUGGACGUGGACGUGGACAUGGACGUGGACGUGGACGUGGACGUGGACGUGGACGUGGACGUGGACGUGGACGUGGACGUAGACGUGGACAUGGACGUGGACGUGGACGUGGACGUGGACGUGGACAUGGACGUGGACAUGGACGUGGACGUGGACAUGGACAUGGACAUGGACGUGGACUUGGACGUGGACGUGGACCUGGACGUGGACGUGGACGUGGACGUGGACAUGGACAUGGACGUGGACAUUGUCGACGUGGACGUGGACGAAGACGUGGACGUGGACGUGGACAUGGACGUGGACGUGGAUGUGGACGUGGACGUGGACAUUGUCGUGGACGUCGAGGUGGACGUGGACAUGGACGUGGACGUGGACGUGGACGUGGACGUGGACGUGGACAUGGACGUGGACGUGGACGUGGAGAACUUGGACGUGGACAUGGACGUGGACGUGGACGUGGACGUGGACGUGGACGUGGACAUGGACGUGGACGUGGACGUGGACGUGGACGUGGACGUGGACGUGGAGGUGGACAUGGAGGUGGACGUAGACGUGGACGUGGACGUGGAGGUAGACGUGGAGGACGUGGACGUGGACGUGGACGUAGACGUGGACGUGGACGUGGACCUGGACAUGGACGUGGACGUGGACCUGGACUUGGACGUGGACGUGGACGUGGACGUGGACAUUGUCGUGGACAUGGACGUGGACUUGGACGUGGACAUGGACGUGGACAUGGACGUGGACUUGGACGUGGACAUGGACGUGGACGUGGACGUGGACGUGGACGUGGACGUGGACGUGGACGUGGACGUGGACAUGGACAUGGACAUCGACGUGGACAUGGACAUGGACGUCGACGUGGACGUGGACGUGGACGUGGACGUGGACGUGGACAUCGACGUGGACGUGGACGUGGACGUGGACGUGGACGUGGACAUGGACUUGAACAUGGACGUGGACGUGGACGUGGACGUGGACAUUCUGGACGUGGACGUGGACGACUUGGACGUGGACGACUUGGACGUGGACGUGGACGUGGACGUGGACGUGGACGUGGACAUGGACGUGGACGUGGACGUGGACGUGGACGUGGACGUGGACUUGGACGUGGACUUGGACGUGGACGUGGACGUGGACAUUGUCGUAAAGGUGGACGUGGACGUGGACAUGGACGUGGACAUGGACGUGGACGUGGACGUGGACGUGGACGUGGACGUGGACAGGGACGUGGACGUGGACGUGGUCGUGGACGUGGACGUGGACGUGGACGUGGACAUUGGACACGUGGACAUGGACGUGGACGUGGACGUGGACGUGGACGUGGACAUGGACGUGGACAUGGACGUGGACGUGGACAUGGACAUGGACGUGGACUUGGACGUGGACGUGGACGUGGACGUGGACGUGGACGUGGACGUGGACAUGGACAUGGACGUGGACAUUGUCGACGUGGACGUGGACGAAGACGUGGACGUGGACGUGGACAUGGACGUGGACGUGGAUGUGGACGUGGACGUGGACAUUGUCGUGGACGUCGAGGUGGACGUGGACAUGGACGUGGACGUGGACGUGGACGUGGAUGUGGACGUGGACAUGGACGUGGACGUGGACGUGGAGAACUUGGACGUGGACAUGGACGUGGACGUGGACGUGGACGUGGACGUGGACGUGGACAUGGACGUGGACGUGGACGUGGACGUGGACGUGGACGUGGACGUGGAGGUGGACAUGGAGGUGGACGUGGACGUGGACGUGGACGUGGAGGUAGACGUGGAGGACGUGGACGUGGACGUGGACGUAGACGUGGACGUGGACGUGGACCUGGACAUGGACGUGGACGUGGACCUGGACGUGGACGUGGACGUGGACCUGGACGUGGACGUGGACGUGGACGUGGACGUGGACGUGGAUAUUGUCGUGGACAUGGACGUGGACUUGGACGUGGACAUGGACGUGGACAUGGACGUGGACUUGGACGUGGACAUGGACGUGGACGUGGACGUGGACGUGGACGUGGACGUGGACGUGGACGUGGACGUGGACAUGGACAUGGACAUGGACGUCGACAUGGACAUGGACGUCAACGUGGACGUGGACGUGGACGUGGACGUGGACAUCGACGUGGACGUGGACGUGGACGUGGACGUGGACAUGGACUUGAACAUGGACGUGGACGUGGACGUGGACGUGGACAUUGUCGUGGACGUGGACAUUGUCGUGGACGUGGACAUUGUCGUGGACGUGGACAUUGUCGUGGACGUGGACGUGGACAUUGUCGUGGACGUGGACGUGGACCUUGUCGUGGACGUGGACGUGGACGUGGACGUGGACGUGGACGUGGACAUGGACGUGGACGUGGACGACUUGGACGUGGACGACUUGGACGUGGACGUGGACGUGGACGUGGACGUGGACAUGGACGUGGACGUGGACGUGGACGUGGACGUGGACUUGGACGUGGACUUGGACGUGGACGUGGACGUGGACAUUGUCGUAAAGGUGGACGUGGACGUGGACAUGGACGUGGACAUGGACGUGGACGUGGACGUGGACGUGGACGUGGACGUGGACGUGGACCUGGACUUGGACGUGGACGUGGACGUGGACGUGGACUUGGACGUGGACGUGGACGUGGACGUGGACGUGGACAUUGUUGUGGACGUCGAUGUGGACGUGGACAUGGACGUGGACAUGGACGUGGACGUGGACGUGGACGUGGACAUGGACGUGGACGUGGACGUGAACGUGGACAUGGACGUGGACGUGGACGUGGAGGACUUGGACGUGGACAUGGACGUGGACGUGGACGUGGACGUGGACGUGGACAUGGACGUGGACGUGGACGUGGACGUGGACGUGGACGAGGACAUGGACGUGGACAUGGAUGUGGACGUGGACAUGGACGUGGACGUGGACGUGGAGGUGGACGUGGACGUGGAGGACGUGGACGUGGACGUGGACGUGGACGUGGACGUGGACGUGGACGUGAACGUGGACGUGGACGUGGACAUGGACGUGGACAUGGACGUGGACGUGGACGUGGACGUGGACGUGGACAUGGACGUCGACGUGGACGUGGACGUGGACGUGGACGUGGACGUAGACGACGUGGACGUGGACAUGGACAUGGACGUGGACAUGGACGUGGACAUUGUCGUGGACGUGGACGUGGACGUUGACGUGGACGUGGUCGUGGACGUGGACGUGGACGUGGACGUCGACGUGGACAGGGACGUGGAUGUGGACGUGGUCGUGGACGUGGACGUGGACGUGGACGUGGACAUUGACGUGGACGUGGACGUGGACGUGGACGUGGACGUGGACAUGGACGUGGAUGUGGACGUGGACGUGGACGUGGACGUGGACGUGGACGUGGACGUGGACAUGGACGUGGACGUUGACGUGGACGUGGACGUUGACGUGGACGUGGACGUGGACGUGGACAUGGACAUGGACAUGGACGUGGACAUGGACAUGGACGUAGACGUGGACGAGGACGUGGACGUGGACAUGGACGUGGACGUGGACGUGGACGUGGACAUUGUCGUGGACAUGGACGUGGACAUUGUCGUGGACUUGGACGUGGACGUGGACGUGUACAUGGACGUGGACUUGGACGUGGACGUGGACGUGGACGUGGACGUGGACGUGGAGGACGUGGACGUGGACGUGGUCGUGGACGUGGACGUGGAGGUGGACGUGGACGUGGACAUGGACGUGGACGUGGACGUGGACGUGGACGUCGACGUGGACGUGGACGUGGACGUGGACGUGGAGGUGGACGUGGACGUGGACAUUGACGUGGACGUGGACGUGGACGUUGACGUGGACGUGGACGUGGACGUGGACAUGGACGUGGACAUGGACGUGGACGUGGACGUGGACAUUGUCGUGGACGUGGACGUGGUCGUGGACGUGGACGUGGACGUGGACGUCGACGUGGACAGGAACGUGGACGUGGACGUGGACGUCGACGUGGACGUGGAUGUGGACGUGGACGUGGACAUUGUCGUGGACGUGGACAUUGUCGUGGACGUGGACGUGGACAUUGUCGUGGACGUGGACGUAGACGUGGACGUGGAUGUUGUCGUGGACGUGGACGUCGACGUGGACAGGGACGUGGACGUGGACGUGGACGUUGACGUGGACGUGGACAUGGACGUGGACAUUGUCGUAGACGUGGACAUUGUCGUGGACGUGGACGUGGACAUUGUCGUGGACGUGGACGUAGACGUGGACGUGGACGUGGUCGUGGACGUGGACGUGGACGUGGUUGUGGACGUGGACGUGGACGUGGACGUGGACAUGGACGUGGACGUGGACGUGGACGACUUGGACGUGGACGUGGACGUGGACGUGGACGUGGACGUGGACAUGGACGUGCACAUGGACGUGGACGUGGACGUAAAUGUGGACGUGGACGUGGACGUGGACGUGGACGUGGACUUGGACGUGGACGUGGACGUGGACGUGGACGUGGACCUUGUCGUGGAGGUGGACGUGGACGUAGACAUAGACGUGGACAUGGACGUGGACGUGGACGUGGACAUGGACGUGGACGUGGACGUGGACUUGGACGUGGACGUGGACGUGGACGUGGACGUGGACUUGGACGUGGACGUGGACGUGGACGUGGACAUUGUCGUGGACAUCGAGGUGGACGUGGACAUGGACGUGGACAUGGUUGUGGACGUGGACGUGGACGUGGACAUGGACGUGGACGUGGACGUGGACGUGGACAUGGACGUGGACGUGGACGUGGAGGACUUGGACGUGGACAUGGACGUGGACGUGGACGUGGACGUGGACAUGGACGUGGACGUGGACGUGGACGUGGACAUGGACGUGGACGUGGACGGGGACGUGGACGUGGACGUGGACGUGGACGUGGACGUGGACGUUGACGUGGACGUGGACGUGGAGGUGGACGUGGACGUGGAGGUGGACGUGGACGUAGACGUGGAGGACGUGGACGUCUGGACGGACGUGGACGUGGACGUGGACGUUGACGUGGACGUGGACGUGGACGUGGACAUUGUCGUGGACGUGGACAUUGUCGUGGACGUGGACGUGGACAUUGUCGUGGACGUGGACGUAGACGUGGACGUGGUUGUGGACGUGGACGUGGACGUGGACGUGGUUGUGGACGUGGACGUGGACGUGGACGUGGACGUGGACGUGGACGUGGACGACUUGGACGUGGACGUGGACGUGGACGUGGACGUGGAUAUGGACGUGCACAUGGACGUGGACGUGGACGUAAACGUGGACGUGGACGUGGACGUGGACGUGGACGUGGACGUGGACGUGGACUUGGACGUGGACGUGGACGUGGACGUGGACGUGGACAUUGUCGUGGAGGUGGACGUGGACGUAGACAUGGACGUGGAGGUGGACGUGGACGUGGACGUGGACGUGGACAUGGACGUGGACGUGGACGUGGACUUGGACGUGGACGUGGACGUGGACGUGGACGUGGACUUGGACGUGGACGUGGAGGUGGACGUGGACAUUGUCGUGGACAUCGAGGUGGACGUGGACAUGGACGUGGACAUGGUUGUGGACGUGGACGUGGACGUGGACGUGGACAUGGACGUGGACGUGGACGUGGACAUGGACGUGGACGUGGACGUGGAGGACUUGGACGUGGACAUGGACGUGGACGUGGACGUGGACGUGGACGUGGACAUGGACGUGGACGUGGACGUGGACGUGGACGUGGACGUGGACGUGGACAUUGUCGUGGACAUUGUCGUGGAGGUGGACGUGGACGUAGACAUGGACGUGGACAUGGACGUGGACGUGGACGUGGACGUGGACGUGGACUUGGACGUGGACGUGGACGUGGACGUGGACUUGGACGUGGACGUGGACGUGGACGUGGACAUUGUCGUGGACAUCGAGGUGGACGUGGACAUGGACGUGGACAUGGUUGUGGACGUGGACGUGGACGUGGACAUGGACGUGGACGUGGACGUGGACGUGGACGUGGAGGACUUGGACGUGGACGUGGAGGUGGACGUGGACGUGGACGUGGACGUGGACGUGGACAUGGACGUGGACGUGGACGUGGAUGUGGACGUGGACGUGGACGUGGAGGACUUAGACGUGGACGUGGACGUGGACGUGGACGUGGACGUGGACGUGGACGUGGACGUGGACGUGGACGGGGACGUGGACGGGGACGUGGACGUGGACGUGGACGUGGACGUGGACGUGGACGUGGAGGUGGACGUGGACGUGGACGUGGACGUGGACGUGGACGUGGACGUGGACGUGGACGUGGACGUGGACGUGGACGUGGUCGGACGUGGACGUGGACGUGGUCGUGGACGUGGACGUGGACGUGGACGUGGACGUGGACGUGGACGUGGUCGUGGACGUGGUCGUGGACGUGGACGUGGACGUGGACGUGGACGUGGACGUGGACGUGGACGUGGACGUGUCGUGGACGUGGUCGUGGACGUGGACGUGGACGUGGACGUGGACGUGGACGUGGACGUGGACGUGGACAUGGACGUGGACGUGGACGUGGUCGUGGACGUGGACGUGGUCGUGGACGUGGACGUGGACGUGGACGUGGACAUGGACGUGGACGUGGACAUGGACGUGGACGUGGACGUGGACGUGGACGUGGACGUGGACGUGGACGUGGUCGUGGACGUGGACGUGGACGUGGACAUGGACGUGGUCGUGGACGUGGACGUGGACGUGGACAUGGACGUGGACAUGGUCGUGGACGUGGACGUGGACGUGGACGUGGACGUGGACGUGGACGUGGACGUGGACGUGGACGUGAACGUGGACGUGGACGUGGACGUGGACGUGGACGUGGACGUGGACAUGGACGUGGACGUGGACGUGGACGUGGACAUGGACGUGGACGUGGACGUGGACGUGGACGUGGACGUAGACGUGGACGUGGACGUGGACAUGGACGUGGACGUGAACGUGGACGUGGACGUGGACGUGGACAUGGACCUUGUCGUGGACGUGGACGUGGACGUGGACGUCGACGUGGACAUUCUCGUGGACGUGGACGUGGUCGUGGACGUGGACGUGGACGUGGACGUGGACGUGGACAUAGACGUGGACGUGGACGUGGACGUGGAUGUCGACGUGGACAUUGUCGUGGACGUGGACGUGGACGUGGACGUGGACGUGGACGUGGACAUGGACGUGGACAUGGACGUGGACGUGGACGUGGACGUGGACAUGGACGUGGACGUGGACGUGGAGGACUUGGACGUGGACAUGGACGUGGACGUGGACGUGGACGUGGACAUGGACGUGGACGUGGACGUGGACGUGGACGUGGACAUGGACGUGGACGUGGACGUGGACGGGGACAUGGACGUGGACGUGGACGUGGACGUGGACGUGGACGUGGACGUGGAGGUGGACGUGGACGUGGAGGUGGACGUGGACGUAGACGUGGAGGACGUGGACGUGGACGUGGACGUGGACGUGGACGUGUGA